CACAUUUCAUACAGCUGGUGGUUAAUUCUUAUAUCGCGGGGUUGGGUUUUGUUCUCUUCCACAGGCACAAUGGCGGCGACCACAGAAGCUUCGUCGGGAGCUUCGAAACCGUUCGACAUCGUGUCGACCUACAAUGAUCUCCUCCGCUCUGACCCCGAUCUGACAAUGCCCAUCGCGGCCAUCGAGGCCUUAGUUCUGCUUCUCACACACUCACCUUCUUCUACUAUCUCCGAGACCCUCGACCUUCUAGAGAAAUCGACGGACCACUUGAAAAAGUCGAUACCAAACCCUAUUGCACUGUCCGCGGGCACCGAUCUUUUCCAGCGAUAUUUGAUUACGACCCUACAACGACCAGGCCAGCUAGGGCCAGCAGGCGAUUUUAACGCUAUCAGAGCUCAUCUACUAUCUAAUGGACGGUUAUUCAUCAAGCGCGCGAAGGAAAGCAGAGACAAGAUCGCUGCAUUCGGGAGGGGCUUCGUUCGAGAUGGAAGCACAGUUCUGACGAACGGUGGCUCCAGAGUCGUGAGUGCUCUGCUUCAGAAAGCGGCUGAGGAGAACAGUGGCCCUUCUGCGGUCCGAUUCCGUGUCAUCUAUGUCUUGCCGUCUGUCCAUGGCGAUUCCGUUGAGCCCGAGGGUCUCGAUACGGUUCGCUCUCUGAGGGCAAAGGGUGUCCCGGUUGCUAUGAUCCCCGAAUCUGCUGUCGCAUACUCGUUGGGUAAAGUGGACAUGGUCAUUGUCGGUGCAGAAGGUGUGGUAGAGAACGGAGGCAUUGUAUCCCGCAUGGGCACCUACCAGAUCGGGCUUCUGGCCAAGGCUAUGGGCAAGCCAUUCUAUGUCGUUGCUGAGAGUCACAAGUUUGUCCGGUUCUACCCGCUGGGACAGUACGACCUACCCAUUGACCAAAGCGUCAUUGAGUUCAAGACGGAAGAAGAUAUCGAUGCGGAGAAGCAGAAACCUGCACAGAACGGCAGCAAAGCCCCUGAGGACAAUUUCAACUCCGAGGAAGAGAAAGCUGAGCACAUGAGCGCACUUCUCAACGGUGCCCCUCCCGACAAAGAGAACAGCAAGACAGUCCGACGCGACGCUGUCGACUUUACCCCACCACAUCUCAUCUCGGCUCUUAUCACUGAGAGCGGAGUGUUGACACCCAGCGCUGUCAGUGAAGAGUUGAUCAAGAUCUGGUUCUAAACCUGCCGCAGUCGAUACUACAUAACGUCUGGGUAGGUGCUGGUCAGGCGCACUCCGGAAUCGUUUGGUAUCUUAAGUCGAGCCGAAGAGAUGUCUGCAGAUCUAUGGUCUGAGAGAAAGAAGAUUUAAGAAAAGUGUUGCGAAGCUUAUCACCUAUGCUGGCCAGGCGCCGGCAGCUAUGCGGUUUGAAAUCUAUCCUGGUCGCCUGGAUUUCAAGAUAUGAUACCCGCUUCUAGGGCUCGCCAGUGCCGUUUCCAUGAUUUUCCAAGUUAGAAACAUUACCUCGUCAUAACCAUAU